CCUGGUGAUAGCUCUGUGAUCUGUGUGUGACUCUCCAUUUUGAAAAUUCAAUGGGAAAUUUCCAUCAGGCAUUGGGUGCCAGGUCGACCAGCUUCUUCUUGCUGACUAACCACUGGGAAAGAUUUCGGAAAGAUCUUGUAUCGUUAUCAGUAACAAGUUGAUGAGCCAACAAGCACCAUGUCCGCCUUCGAUUGGUCCAUCGCCUCCACCCAAUCGACCACCAGAAGACAUCGGGACGGAUGAGCUAAUGAAAGCGGCUGGAUGGGACACCAUCCCACUGUUCAUGAAGGACUUGCCCAAAGAGCUGAAUCAAGCCGACCCCAACGCACCUGUCAAUCAUACAAUCGAGGCACUCCAGGCUCUCAUCUAUGACGAGGACGAAGACGAAAAGCUGCGGUCACUCGAAGCUCUCAAGGCACGAGCGAAUGAACUCUUCGGAUGUCGUGAUUACAGACAAGCUCUUGGAUUUUACAAACAAGCCGUUGAAAUACUAGAAAAACCAGCUCCUGCGGAUACUACCCACUCAGAACCCGAAUCAACAGCUGCUACCAACAUUCCCCAAGAACUUCGCAAUUCCAUAUAUUCAAACCGCGCAGCCUGCCAUCUUUCCUUAGGCAACUUCAGGUCUUGUCUGACCGAUUGUGCCACAGUUCUGAGCCCACCUCUCCCGGUACCUGCAACAAAACUGGUGCGAAAAUGCUUCUUUCGUAGUGCAAAGGCUUUGGCGUCACUCGAGCGAUUCGAUGAGGCGUUAGAUUGUUUAAAUAAAUUAAUGGCGAUUGAUCAGCGAGACCGACUCACAAAUGAUGAUGAACCCAAAAAGCUGAAAGGAGAUAUUGAGCGCCAAAUUGCUCAUCGUCAGGCUGAAAAACAGGCGAAAGAAACGGCGGAAGAGGGGCGGAAAGUGUUGGAAAAGGCAUUAAAGGAUGCACUCCAAUCACGUGGAAUUCUUAUUCCGACUCAUUGUCCUUUUCCACCACCUGAAUCGAGCCUACCCUCAGGAUUCGAGCCCGUGCAUUUUGAAGAGAUUCCGACGGACGUCGAGCCGGCCAAACUAGUCGAAUCGAUCAAAGAGAUCCCACUUAUAUACCCUGUAUAUGUGUUGAGACCAAAAGAUGAAUAUCCGACGAGAGAUCUGGUACUGCGAUGGCACGAGGAUGAUCUGAUGAGUGCUCAUCUUGAAGCACUCUGUGGCGGGACAGAUAGCCAUCAUCUUUACCUUAUCACUUCCAAGCGUCGGAUCCUUAAGUGUGGCAAUAACCUCACCAUCAGAAAAAUCUUGAACUCACUCUCCAAGAACCAGUCCGGUGAUUGUUUGUGCUUGGGCGAUCAGGGGAAUCUAGAAUUCUUUCUUUUACCUAUCGGAGAUUUGGAGAAGGAGUGGAUAGAGAUCACAAAAAGAAAUUUCUCCCAAGCAUCCUAGUUGGCUUUUUUUUAGCAUUAGAAACAUAAUUACUGAAGACACAAAAAGCAAUGAAAAACUUUCCAGCCCAACAUUGAUGAUACACUAACUCUGAUAUCCUUCUUAUAAUCGUUGAAGUUCAUACCGCAACUGGGCAUUAAUCUGACCAUCUUUGAUCAACAGUUGCACUACCCUUGGA